GUAAAAUGGGUGUCUGCAAUAGUUGCAUAAAACAAAACCCUCAAAACCUCAGCGUCGACAAAAAGAACAAAAGCAAGAGCAUUUCAGGAGAAGCAGAUUAUCCAAUAGUUGGAUCACUCCAAAAAAAAUCCUCGAUGGCAAACAAGAGCAAGGGAAGUUUCAAGCAGCCUAAUUGCUUAUACUCAAGCAAGAGCUCGAUCUCAUCCAGUCUGAUUGAAAAUAAUUCUUCAAUAAAUUUCUACCACCUGCCGACCUUGUUCGAAGUUGACGAGUUUGAGAUAUCCAAUUGCUCUGAGGAAGACCUAAUUACAAAAUCAAAUUGGCUCUGUCAGGAAAUAAAGGAUGUUAAGAAUCAUAAAAAUGAGCUUGAAUCACACCUCAGUUCAUUAGACCAAGAGCAAAAUGAACUUACGGAGAAACUUAUUAUCCACAUCGGAAACUGUACCGUCGCUGAACCUCAGGUCGGAAAGAAGUACCAAAUCAGCCUUCAGCAAAGAAUGGAUUGCAUGAUGAAGAAAACACCCGAUGGAGCAGAUGAACAAGCUCUAGAAUAUUUGGCUAGCCUCUCAACUGUUCAUAUUGAUAAGUCUGGUCCUCCAGAUGAAUAUAAUAAGGUGCAGUCUUCGAAGACACUUACAGAAGAAAGCAAGGUAGCCCCUCAAACGUAUUUCAGUCUAGCUGGACUCCCUGUAGUUAAGGCCUUUGGAAAAGAGUCUUUUAGCAACAAAAAUAUUGGAAAAAUCAACAAAAAGGACUUUUUAGCUUCAGCAAUAGCUACGAAAUCUCAGACUAAACUUGAUGAGUCAGCAAAACACGAGGACUCUCUUCUCCAGAGUAGUUCUUCUGAGAAGGAAGUGCUCUACAUUGAGGCUUCAAAAGUGGCUCCAGCUAAAAGCAAAAGCCAGUGUCAUUGGGAUGAGAUGCACUGACUCUAUUUUGAUAAGGAGAGUGAAUCAUUGCAGAAAAAGUUCAAUAUCUGCUUUUUAGAAAGAACAAAGGAAAAAGCAGUCUCCUACAGUAAAGAUCGUACUCUUUUCAUAUCCCAAUUUGAGGAAGGAAAAAUCUAUGAAAGUGAGAUAUCGUUUAAAAACCAGAAAAAUGAUUCAAAUGUUGCAACUCUUAAGAUGAAAAUCCAGUACAUCAAAGAUGAAGAGCGCCUUAUUCAGAGUAUUUUAGACUUAUGAGAAAACAAGAGGAAACUUCUAAGCCUUUUACUUAAGAACUGUGUUAAUGAAAUAAAGAAGCUCACAGGCAGUGAGGCUUCUUCUGGCGAAGACAACCCACAAGACGAGAAUUCUGGAGUCCAAGAUAACCAAAUGAAUAGCUUAUUAAACAAAGUUAAAGAGCAGUCAAUGAUCAGUUGGGGAGUUUCUAACAAAAACUCCUCGAUCGCAGGUAUCUCUCAUGAAAGAAGUGAGUCCAAAGGUAUCUCGAUUGUUGAAAAUACUGAUAAAAUGCAUUCAUUUUCCUUCGCAGAAAAUCUAGAGUACAAGCACCAGAAGAACUCCUCAAAAAGUGCCAAUGAUGAGUUCUUCAACCUCUUCAGUAAUGACAAGGUUGAGGAGAAAGCAGCUGUGAGGAUGACAGACGCAUAAAGUCUCUUUUACCAGAAAAUAUAAGCAUAAUAAAUUCAAAUAGCUUUAU